CACAGACGCCACAAACACCAAGCAGAGGAAGAAGAUUAGUAACCAAAAGGAAACACUUCCCUGAAGGAAAACCACAGAAGAAGAAGACAAUUUGGGACAGAUUUGGAUGAACAGUGUGUAUCAUAUAUCUGACCCUGAAUCAGCCCUCACAGAUGGAUUACACCUGAGGACAAACAGGCUGGAUAAAAUCAGGGAUCGCUGAUCGACUGGCGGCCAUCUUGGGGAAACUUUGCAGGUUUCGUCCUCAGGCCCUCAGCAGCAGCUCCGUCAGGGGCCCCUCCUGACCCCUCCUGACCCCGCGCCCCCGUCUGCAGCGCCCCCCGCUGGGCAGCAUGGAGCCUGGAGGAGGCCGGCUGCCGGUCCAGGUGCUGGGAGAGAACGAGGCGCUGCAGCAGUUCUUCAGCGGCCAGGAUGUGAGUGGUGUGUUGGACAGUUCUGUUGCUGUGGAUACGAGCAUCCUGGAGCAGUACCUCAGCAAUGACAUGGACCCCGGCAGCUUCAUGCUCCCUGAGUCUCCUCCUGACUCGAGCUCGGAGGCCUGCUCACCUGCACAGAUGCCAGACUUCCACUGUGAGCAACCCUAUUGGUCGAACCAGCAGACCACCCAGGACGUGUUCCAGUCAACACGGCAGCCCGUCCAUUCCUCGUCCUGUGGCUUUAAGGAUCGAGGCUCCGCCCCUGCGCACCGUCAGCUGCUGACUCACGAACAGCUCCGCGGUUUGGGCCUCACUAACACUUACAACAAGCCUGGGACCUCACCUGGCCCACCUGCUCGACCUGCCCCCCUGCACCAGCACACAUACCACUCACCUGAACACACGCACUACCUGAGUCCAGACAGCAGCUCGCAGAUUUACACCCCUCCAACACCACCUUCCCCACCACUGCCCCACACGAACAGCUACGCCACACCCUGCACUGGUCCAGGCCUGGUUCAAAGCUUAGCCACGCCCCCUUCAACCUGUCUGCCGGGCUCCACCCCCACGCUGCACACACACUCCACAGACAGUAAAAAGAGGAGGAGAUCGAAGUCUGAGGAACCAUCAGCGGGAAUCGAACCCUCCUGCAGUGAAACUGACGGCACUCGUGGUGGCAGCUCAGGGAACAGCGUAGGUGGUGGUGGACUGAGUCUGGGAUCCUACCAGCUCCUGACGUGGGAUCAUUAUAGGCCGGAACACUGGAGCACUUUGUACAACAGCAGCUACCAGACACUGUCUCCUCCUGCCUACCAUGUUGACACAGACAAAGGCUUUGUCUACUCAGCAGCUGACGAGGCCUUCGUCUGCCAGAAGAAGAAUCACUUCCAGGUCACCGUUCACAUCGGCGUGGCCACAGAGCCGCAGUACGUCGGAACGCACAGUGGGCCUCAGCCGAUCGACCACUUCCAGAUAAAAGUGUUCGGGGUCAAGCUGGAAUCUCCAAGCCACCAGGUGACCAUUGAGCAGUCUCAGCCCGACCGCAGCAAGAAGCCCUUCCACCCUGUCAGGGUCAGUCUGCCCAGUGGCAAAAUCACCAAGGUAACGCUGGGCCGGCUGCACUUCAGCGAGACGACGGCCAACAACAUGAGGAAAAAAGGCAAACCCAACCCUGACCAGAGAUAUUUUCAGAUGGUGGUUGGUCUGUAUGCUGCAGUGGAGGAAGAGACUUUCCUCCUCACAGCUCUGGUGUCAGAGCGAAUCAUCGUCAGGGCUUCCAACCCUGGUCAGUUUGAGAUGGACGGGGACACCCUGUGGCAGCGCGGGGUGGCGCAGGACGCCGUGAUCUGUCAAGGACGAGUGGGCAUCAACACCGACUCCCCCGAUGAGGCGUUAGUUGUCUGCGGCAACGCCAAGGUGAUGGGCGCCGUCAUGCAGCCGUCGGACUGCCGCGCCAAGCAAAACAUACAGGAGGUCGACUCUGAGCAGCAGCUGAAGAGAAUCAAUCAGAUGAGAAUAGUCGAGUUCGAUUAUAAGCCAGAAUUUGCGUCCGUCAUGGGAAUAGACCACACCCACCAGACAGGUGUCAUAGCUCAGGAGGUGAAGGAGCUGCUGCCGACGGCAGUGAAGGAGGUCGGAGACGUCAGCUGUUCUGACGGAGAGAAGAUUCACAACUUCCUCAUGGUGGACAAGGAGCAGAUCUUCAUGGAGAACGUCGGGGCAGUGCAGCAGCUGUCGAAACUCACCGACAACCUGGAGACCCGAAUUAAAGACCUGGAGGUCUGGAACCGCCGACUGGCCAAGCUAAAGAGCCUGAGCGGCAGCCUGCGCUCCAGCGGCAAACCCAUUAAACACAACAAUGUGCCGACGACGCCAAGUCCUGACGCUUGUCAGACUGAGAAAGUUGAGAAGGAAGGCAGUCAGAGGCACAGCUGUCUGCAGCACAAAGUCUUCCAGGCCAGCGUCUUCGUCCUGCUGGCCACCAUGGCCUUCUGCAUCAUCUCUAUCACUGCUCUGUACCUGCUGAAUUUGGAGGAAGACUUUGAGAACCUACCUGGCAGCAGUAACGGCAGCGUGGUUCCUCCACAGACCACGGCCUGGAGCACCACAGCACCAGCGACCAGCCAGCCUGACCCGGGGCCGCCAGACGUGAACUUCUGUGAGCUGCUGUACUGUGAUCAGAGUUACUGCUGCACUUCAACCGAGAAAGACACCACCGGCUCCAACAUCACCUCCACCGAAUCAGCGGGAGCAGAAAGGUCUAACGUGACAGAAAUACAAAGAGAAGAACUUUAUCGCAAACUGAAAAGUUCCAGAGACUGGACGAACACAACCAUCCAGCUGUUCAUGAUCAAAGAGAACCAGCAUGUGAUCGACCACAAGUACUGCCUGAGAGACGAGUGUGGGCCUGGCAGGUACAUCUACAGAAUCCCCAUCAGCCAGUUUGUCCCGGUCAACAUGAGAGUCACGCUGCUCAUGAACUCUACAGAGCUGCUGGUGGUUCAUCUGUGCAGCUUCGACGAGUCGGCCGCCUGCUCUGCUCUGCUGGACGUGAACACCGUGACUGGGAGCAGAUACGCAUCCAACACACAGGGAGAACACGAAUGGCCUCUUCACGUGUCCCGUCUGUAUCACAGCUCGUAUCACUUCCGCUCUGCAGUGGCUGGCCAAGCAGACUGCAGUACCGACCAUCACUACGCGGGGGCGCUCUUCACUGACUACCACUUCUACUUCUACAGACGCUGCUUAGACUCAUAGACUCACGUUUUAGUACAUUAAAUGUUUUGUGAGACGUUUGCA